AUUUUAUGGAUCGUCUUAACCCAUCUUCAAAAGAUUGCAUAGUUCCACUAAUUGAAGAAAAUUCUCCUUGUCUUUGUAAUAAAUAAUAUUUAUAAUUAGAAAUAAACAAACCAGAGAUUGAUCAUGCCUUUUUAUUACCACAAUUUUCUUAAAUGAUGAUGUAGAAUCCAGACUUCUUUCUUUAAACUGUCUAAUUAGAGUAAUUAAAGCAGAUGUAGUCAUCAUUCUAUUCACAAAUGAAUAACAUCCCACUAAUCACUGAUGAACCUAGAGUAAUGGAUUUGUUCACACAAUAACUUUUAUAAUAAUAACUAAUGUUAAAUGCAGCAUUGUUAAACCAAUUCUAAGUAAAUAGAUUAUUAAUUAGGGUGUUGAAAAUAUCAAUUAUAGUCAAACAAAAGAUCUCGGGGACAAUAAAAUAAAAAGAAAACAUAUAAAAAAAUCACAUAAUCCUUAGUUCAAUAAUGGUAUUAUAUAUUUUUAUAUUAAAGGUCAUUGGAGUGCUUAAGAACAUUAAGUUUAUUUAACAUUUUUAUCAUAACAUCGAGAAGUUAUGGAAAGUUCCGAGUUAAAAAAAACAAAUAAGAUUUUUAAACUUAUGUCUGAUAUCAUUAAGUCUAGAUCUCCUUCCCAAUGUCGUUCUCAUCAUUAGAAAUUCAAUCCUUACUCUAAAUAUUUAGUAAAUGUAAGUUGCAUUAUAUAAAUUAGAAUAAUAUUGUGAGAAGAAAAAUGAAAGAACAAAUGUUGAAUGAUUCUAAACAAUAAAAACAAUCUUAAUUAGAUAAUGAAAAUAUACAGCAAUCCCAAGAUUCAAAUUAAAAGUAGUCCUAAUAGCAAUAGCAAGACUUGAAUCUAAAAAUGGAAUCUUAAUAAUAGUUAUUAGAAUCAAAUUUGAGAGAAGACUAAUAAUAACUUAGUGGUUAAGAAUGA